CCACAAAGUUUUAAACUCUAAAAACCAAUGGAGAAUAUUCAUUCCCAAUCACUCUAAUCAAUCAUUAAUCCUUUUUCAAUUAACUUAGUUUUCUCCGAUUAAAACUCUACACUAAACCCACUUCCCCCACUUUGUCUACAUUCUAUAAAGCUUCAAUCUUUAUCUUCCUUCUAUUACCUUGCAAGAACAAAAAAUGGAAGAGGAGCUGAAACCAAUGGAUGCAGAGCAGUUGAGAGAGCAUGCACAUCAAAUGGUUGAUUUUAUUGCUGAUUACUACAAGUCUAUUGAAACUUUUCCUGUUCUUAGCCAAGUUCAGCCUGGGUAUCUGAGUAAACUUCUGCCAGAUUCUGCUCCAAAUCAACCUGAGUCAUUGCAAAAUGUUCUUGAUGAUGUUCGAGCAAAGAUUUUACCUGGAGUCACCCAUUGGCAAAGUCCGAAUUACUUUGCAUAUUAUCCGUCAAACAGCAGUGUUGCCGGAUUUUUGGGAGAAAUGCUUAGUGCUGGUAUUAACAUGGUGGGUUUUAGCUGGAUAACUUCCCCUGCAGCAACUGAGCUUGAAAUGAUUGUUCUAGACUGGCUUGGUAAAUUGCUCAAGCUACCUGAAGAAUUUCUUUCAACGGGACAGGGAGGUGGAGUGAUACAAGGUACUGCAAGUGAAGCUAUUCUAGUUGUAUUACUAGCUGCUCGAGACAAGGUCUUGAGGACGGUAGGAAAAGAUGCUCUUAAAAAACUUGUGGUUUAUGGAUCUGAUCAAACACAUUCUGCUAUGCAAAAGGCCUGCCAGAUAGCAGGAAUUCAUCCAGUAAAUUGCAGAUUGCUGAAGACAGACUCUUCCACUAAUUAUUCCCUUGUCCCGGAAUUACUCAGUGACGCAAUUUCACAGGACAUUUCCACCGGACUGAUUCCCUUCUUUUUAUGCGCUACUGUUGGCACUACUUCAUCGGCAACUGUUGACCCGUUACUUCAAUUGGGAAAGAUUGCGAAGAGUAAUGGGAUAUGGUUUCAUAUUGAUGCUGCCUAUGCUGGAAGUGCUUGUGUAUGUCCAGAAUACCGCUGUUACCUUGAUGGUGUUGAAGAAGCGGACUCUUUUAACAUGAAUGCACAUAAAUGGUUCUUGACAAACUUUGAUUGCUCAGCCCUUUGGGUUAAGGAUAGAUAUGCUCUGAUUCAGUCGCUUUCUACAAAUCCGGAGUUUCUGAAAAACAAAGCCUCCCAAACAAACAUGGUUGUGGAUUAUAAAGAUUGGCAAAUUCCCCUCGGACGUCGGUUUAGGUCUUUGAAACUGUGGAUGGUGUUACGACUGUAUGGUGUAGAAAAGCUGCAAUGCUACAUCAGAAAUCACAUUAACUUGGCUAAAUAUUUUGAAGGACUUGUUGCUGAAGACACUAGAUUUGAGGUUGUUGCCCCGCGGAUAUUUUCACUGGUUUGUUUUCGGCUUUUGCCUCCAAACAACAAUGAAGAUCACGGCAACAAACUGAACAAUGACCUAUUAGAUGCAGUAAACUCAACCGGGAAGACUUUAUUAUCUCACACAGUUCUAUCUGGCAAGUAUAUACUGCGAUUUGCAGUAGGAGCACCGUUGACAGAAGAGAGACAUGUAACUGCAGCAUGGAAGGUUUUACAAGACGAGGCGUCUGCUUUGCUAGGGAAGUGUGCGAUAAGUUGAUUAUUUCUAGUAUUCUUCCUCAUUUAAUCAACUCAAUGGAUUGUUUUAUAGCAAUUUUUUCCCUGAUUGUUCUGCUUCAGGUUUAUUCUACCCCAUACACCAUUGAACACAUUCACUCUUAAUCAGAGGAUAUAUUCUUGCACUGAA